AUGGAUGAUAAAAACAGCAAGGAGGAUGUUUACGAAUUCAAAAGUAGCAAAGAAGCAACUCCUGUGAGAGGGAAUAGUACAUCACCAGGUGCGGAUGGAAAAAAUAAUUCUGAUUCGAAAAGUGACAAAACGGGAGAUGUGUCUGGGGGUAAUGAAACUGAUUCUGUCGCAACUAAAAGACCUUUAUCAGAAGUGAGUAAUAAUGAUGAUGUCGAAGAUGAUAAUAAAAAGAAAAAAAGAAAGGAAAAGGAAAGCGAUGGGAAAGAGGUUGGAGGUUCGACAAAGCCUAUUGGUUCUUCUGGAAGAGUUCAAACUGUCAGAAAUGUUAGUAACAAUUCGGAAAAAGGGAGUAAAGCGGGUGUUCACGUGAUGGGUAAAAACAGUGGGGGUAACGCGUCGAAAGGAGUUUUAAAUAGCCCGUCAUCCAAUGUGAAUUCCGAUCGUAAAAGUCCGAGUUCUCCAAAACCUGGAACUGUCGUUUCAAGUAAUAAUGGACCCGGAGGAGUCGGAGUCAAAGUCGAAGACUCGGAAGAUGGUAAAGCUAGUUCUGACGGGGAAAAAAUGGAUCAAGGACCCAAAGUACCUCCGUUGAAAAUUGUCAUUCCGCAACAGACUGCCAACGAACCGGAACAGGGUAACAGAAAUGGUAAAAACAGCACGUCGAGACAUCAUCAAGCUCUUCCAUACGUCGUAUCGACAAACAAUAGUGAUGGUGAAAAGGAUGGGCAAAGAUCUCGCAGUGCCAGUCCCUCGGACUCGUUUAAAUCUGAAGAAAAAAAAGAUCCGGCCAUUGGCAUGCUUUCGGCGGAAGAUCAAAAGAAUUCGCUGCAUCACCAACGCGUUUUGCGAAGUUCUCAUCAUUCACGGACUCAGGAAUCCACCGCGAGGAACAACAAUGGAAACGGACAGGGUUCUACCUCUAAUUCCGGACCUUCUGCCACAGCAACUAACAAUUCAAACGUUUCCAACAGUUUGCCAAAUAAAAACGGUUCGAAUACAACCAAUACAACAUCGACUUCGAAUUCGGAAGAUAAAGUUUCCGAUACUAAUUCGGAAAAUUCUUCGACACCCUCUUCAAACAGUGCCGCGCCGGCUCCCGUUGAACUUCAUCCCCGUAAAAGAAAAUUAAAACACAACAAAGAAGUUAAGGAGCCGCCUCCGCCGCAAGUGACGACCGAAAGAUGCGAAUCCGCGACAGCAUCCACCGAAGUCCAUCCUCACGACCAACCCGUAAAAAAUUGCUACCAACUGUUUUUGGAUAUCAGAAAACAGAUUGAUAGGCGAAGAAAAGGAUUGUUUCCCGUUCAACCCAAACCUCCUCAGGGUUUCAAGGAUUAUCUCAUGAACAGGUGCACUUACGUUUUAGCGAGUAAUGCAUCGACCAGACAAAUUCCCAGUUCUCCACUUCCUCAAAAUAUCUCCUCACCCAUGAAAGAUUUAUUCGGGGAGCAAGAAAAAGAAAGGCACAGGCUGAGACUUCAGCACGUGAUAGAAAAAGAAAAAUUGGUAUUGUCCGUCGAGCAGGAAAUUUUAAGAGUACACGGAAGAGCGGCGAGAGCUCUCGCAAAUCAAUCGUUACCCUUUUCCGCUUGCACGAUUCUCAAAGACGAAGAGGUUUACAAUCUCAUAACGCCGGAACAAGAGGAAAAAGAUCGAAAUGCGAGAUCUAGGUAUAACGGAAGACUUUUUCUCAGUUGGUUGCAAGACGUUGACGACAAGUGGGAAAAGAUUAAGGAAUCAAUGUUACUGAGACACCAUAACGAAGCGGAAUCCCUUCACGCCGUGCAAAAAAUGGAUUGGGAAUGGAAAAUGAAAGAAUUGGGAAUAUGCGAAUUCAAAUCCAAACCCGUCAUACACGAUAAUCACGUGCCCAUGGUUCACGUGAGCGACGAUUUUGAUUUGUUACCCGCAUGA